GCCUUCGCCACCUCCUACAAGCUCAAGCGGCACUUGCGGUCGCAUGACAAGCUGCGGCCCUUCGGCUGCCCGGCGGACGGCUGCGGCAAGAAGUUCACUACCGUGUACAACCUCAAGGCGCACAUGCGGGGCCACGAGCAGGAGAGCCUGUUCAAGUGCGAGGUGUGCGCCGAGCGCUUCCCCACGCACGCCCGCCUCAGCUCGCACCAGCGCAGCCACUUCGAGCCCGAGCGCCCCUACAAGUGCGACUUCCCCGGCUGUGAGAAGACAUUCAUCACAGUGAGUGCCCUGUUUUCCCAUAACCGAGCCCACUUCAGGGAGCAAGAGCUCUUUUCUUGCUCCUUUCCUGGAUGCAGCAAGCAAUAUGACAAAGCCUGCCGACUGAAAAUUCACCUGAGAAGUCAUACAGGUGAAAGACCGUUUAUUUGUGACUCUGACAGUUGUGGCUGGACCUUCACCAGCAUGUCCAAACUUCUAAGGCACAAAAGGAAACACGAUGAUGACCGGAGGUUUACCUGCCCUGUGGAAGGCUGUGGGAAGUCAUUCACGAGAGCAGAGCAUCUGAAAGGCCACAGCAUAACCCACCUAGGGACCAAGCCCUUCGAAUGUCCCGUGGAAGAUCUCUUACCUCAGCUAGAAGUUCCAGGUUCUCUUACGCCCAGCAGUGAACUCAGCAGCCCGGGCCAAAGUGAGCUCUCUAACAUAGAUCUAGCAGCGCUCUUUGCUGAUGCCCCUGCUAACGGUACUAGUUCUGCAGGCGGGUCGGAUGAGGCUCUGAACUCUGGAAUCCUGACUAUCGAUGUCAAUUCUGUGAGCUCCUCCCUUGGAGGGACCCUCCCUGCUAAUAAUAGCUCCUUAGGGCCGAUGGAGCCCCUGGUCCUGGUGGCCCACAGUGAUAUUCCUCCGAGUCUGGACAGCCCUCUAAUCCUUGGGACAGCAGCCACAGUCCUCCAUCCGGGCAGCUUCAGUGUGGAGGACGUGCAGACUGUAAGUGCAGGUGCAUUAGGCUGUCUGGUGGCUCUGCCUGUGAAGAACUUGGCUCAAGACACCCCACCUUUGACCUCCAGCAGUGACUUCUCAGCGUACGUCACCACACCGACCUCUUCAAGCACCCCCCAAGAAAAUGCCAGUGUCCCAGAACUGCUGACUUCAAUCAAGGUGGAGCCGGACUCGCCUCCUUUUCCCGAUGCAGUUGGGCAGCAGGAAGGGUCUGUGUGCUCCAGCCCAGCAGAGAGACAUGGUGCUCAGCAGGACACAGAGCUCAGGGCAUGCUCCGGAACCUUCUAUUUGGAAAGUGGGGGCUCAGCAAGAACUGAUUACCGAGCCAUUCAACUAGCCAAGAAAAAAAAGCAGAAAGGAACUGGGAGCAACGCAGGAGCCUCGGGGUCUACUCAAGGAACAAUAAAAAGUGGCACAAUCAGUCCUCCUCACUUCCACACCAGCCAGAGCAGUAGGCUGUGCAGGAACCUCGUGGUGCCCAGUGGAGGCCUGCCAGGGCCAGCUGCAGCAGCAGGGGCACGGUGCGUGCACGUCCCCUUACUGCAGGAUGACCCCUCAGGUGAAGGAGUCUUGCCCUUAGCCCUCAACCUGCAGCCUUCCACCUUGCACCCCUUCUUCGCAGUGGAUCUGCCCGUCUACGUGCUCCAGGAGGUACUUCCCGCAGCUGGAGGCACUGCUGGGCCUGAGGCUGCACAGUUCCCAGGAAGCAACGUCAACCUUCAGGACCUUCAGUGACAGCAUCCCAGGCCACGAGAGGCCUGAGGGCUACGUUCCAGGCUGGCUUUCUUGGACUCAGAGGAUGUGGUUUGUGGGCCUGAGGAGACUUCACUUGGUUUGUGCUCAGAAGUUUUGCCUAGUUCUUUAGAGACUUGGGCACAUUUGUUGAAAAUGUUUU